UCAUUAUUCUGUGUAAACACAUAUGAUAUACUUGAUGUUGUUUUCUAACCUCAUCUGUUGUAUAGAAUAUAAUAUGUCUAUUAAUGUUAGACACCUUAAAGUAUUCUAUUCUACUGUUUACACUGCCUAGUUGAGAAUAAAGUGUGUGUGUGUGUAUAUGUAAUAAUUGUCAUAGCAAGGAGAUAAGAUAUUUGAAUGAAACGAAUUAUAUAUAAGUUUUUGUGAUUUUACACAAAUUUUACUAAUAAUGUCAAAGAAGGUGGUGCUUGGUCAAAAGAAUAUCCAAUCUACAAUUGUGGGAUUUUUAGCAAAAGCAACAAACAAAAACAAUAUUCUGCAGUCUAGUACACCAAAAUCAGUGAAAGAAGAGAAAAUUGACAUAAAUGAUGACUCUUUGGAUGAUUUAUGUUGUGAUAAACAAAGAAAAAUGGCAGGAGAUCUAGUAACAAUAGAUACAAUAAUAGAUCUUGAUAAUUCAGACAGUUCAGACUCGUGCAAAAGUCCAUUUAAAACUAAAGCAAAUAAAAUUAGUAACGUAUCUGAACCAUAUUAUAUUGAAAAUUCAAUAGAGGAAAAGGAGAGGAUUGAAAAUGAAAUCAAAUCUUCAAAUAUAUUACAGAAGAAUAUAGAAGAAUUCUCUAUGAAUACUUCUUUUAUUCCUGAUUCUUCUGACAGUGAAGAAGAUAGAAAAAACAGAAAAUGUUUACACUUAAAUCGAAAGCCGAACAAUGCGUUGAUAGAAAAAUAUGAGAAACAAUCUGCUAUUGUAUCAGAAAUUACCAGCAAUACUGAAUGUAAUAAAUAUGUUCCUUCCAAUAGUCCAAUAUUAAAUAAAGAAAAACCUAGUGAGGUCACUAAUGUAUCGCCAAAAAACAUAGAAAAUGAGCAUCUAAGGACUCCUAAGAAACACACCAGAAAUAAACAAAAAACAAAUAAUGUAAUUUCAGAUUCUGAUACCGAUAGUCCUUGCUCAAAAUAUAGUGGCAAAGGAUCGCCAAGAAAAGAAUGGGUAGGUCCUGAUGUUAGAGUGAAUCUUAAAGAUUUAGGUUUUAAUAAGCAGUUGAAUUCAUGGAUUGAGUCCAUUCAAAAGGAACCAGUGAUGUCUACAAUACCUAUUACAAAGGAUAAGUUGCUGGAAAGACGCGAAAGUUUGAAGGAUCUUCAAAUUGAAAUUCUUGAUAAGUUUUAUAUUGCUCUCGAAUUGAUCCCAUUACCAAUAUUGGACCAAUUUCCAAAGUUUGAUCGAAAUUCUUUCAAAAAAUUACAAGGUCUACAUCGACAUGUAAAAGCUAAAUUGCGUUUAAUGCAGACAAAAUUAUCAAAAUUACAAAAAGAAGAUGAAAAAGAUGUAUCUGUAUGUUCAGGAACUCCUGAAUCUGUGUCAAACUCAAAUGAGAGACCAAUAUCGUAUGUACCUGAAGGUUGUCUGAUAAAUAAUGAUUUUGACACAUCAAGUACCUCAAUAUCUAAAACAAUAGACUUUCAUGAAAAUUUAACAAAUGUAACAGAAUCACAUACAAAAGAGUAUGAGAGUAAUAUAGAAUCCACAAUCAAGUCACCUGAGAUCACAAGUAAGAAAAGCACUUUUCAAUUGAAAAGACCUGUCAAGACAGUAUUAGGCACUGAAAUUUCUAAAACUAUAGCAAAGAUGUGGGAGAAGGAUCAACAAAUAUCAAAGACAAUGAAUUCUUCAAUAGAUUCUGAAUAUGUUUCCAUAAAAGAUACAUUUAAUGAUAGUAUUAAGACACCAACAAAGAGUGAAACAAAUAUAUCUAUGCAAAGAAAUACCAUCGGGAACAGUCCAAACAAUUGGAUUAAUACUACUAAUAAAUCUCAGAGCAGUUAUACAGUUUCUGCAAAAGCUAGCAGCAUACUAACACAGGAAUUGGAAAAAUUUCCAGCAUUGGAAGAAAAUUGUAACAUAGAUAUAGACGAUGAUUCUAUAGAUUGGCCCGAGCCUCACUAUGGACAAAGUAGUAAGCACAAUGUUGCUAAAACAAAAUCGAAAUUUGAGAAAGAUAAUAUAGAAUUUGGUAAAUUUACUGGUAAUUAUAAAAAUGAUGGUAUUAGUGGAGAAUUUGAUGGUUUAACUUAUUCACAUUCGCAAGAAAUGUUAAAGAUAUUUCGACAAAGAUUUGGCUUAUAUACAUUUAGACCAAAUCAAUUGCAAGCUAUUAAUGCAACUUUAUUGGGAUUUGAUUGCUUCGUUUUGAUGCCAACUGGAGGUGGAAAAUCUCUUUGUUAUCAACUGCCUGCGUUAUUAAGUGUUGGAUUAACAAUUGUUAUCUCACCAUUGAAAAGUCUUAUUUUAGAUCAAGUUCAAAAGCUUACUUCACUUGAUAUUCCUGCAGCUCACUUAUCUAGUUCUAUAACAGAUAAUCAAGCAGAAGCAGUGUACAGAGAACUUGCCAAAAAAGAACCCAUUCUCAAAAUACUAUAUGUAACACCAGAGAAAAUCUCUGCCUCAACAAAAUUGUGUAAUACCCUAACUAUUUUAUACGAAAGAGAAUUGCUAGCAAGAUUUGUCAUUGACGAAGCGCACUGCGUGAGUCAGUGGGGUCACGAUUUCAGACCAGAUUACAAGCGAUUAAAAUGUCUCAGAGACAAUUAUCCCAAAGUACCGACAAUGGCUCUAACUGCAACGGCUACACCACGUGUUAGAACAGAUAUUUUACAUCAAUUGGGUAUGACUAAUCCAAAAUGGUUUAUGUCGGGUUUCAACAGACCCAAUUUAAGAUACAGUAUAAUCACAAAGAAAGGAAAAAAUUGCUCUGAUGAAGUUAUUGCCAUGAUAAUGACAAAGUAUAGAAAUACUUGCGGCAUUGUAUAUUGUUUAUCGCGCAAAGAUUGCGACGAUUAUGCUGCGCAAAUGAAGAAGAAUGGUAUCAAGGCACUAAGUUAUCACGCAGGACUCACAGAUAAUCAAAGAAGCAACUGUCAAGGAAGAUGGAUUGCCGAUGAAAUACAUGUUAUUUGCGCAACUAUAGCUUUUGGAAUGGGUAUUGAUAAACCAAAUGUGCGCUUUGUAAUACAUGCAGCUCUACCAAAAUCUAUAGAAGGCUAUUAUCAGGAAAGUGGCCGCGCUGGCCGUGAUGGUGAAAUAGCAGAUUGCAUUUUAUUUUAUCAUUAUGCAGAUAUGCACAGAAUUAGAAAAAUGAUCGAAUUGGACAAUCAAAGUCCACAAGUCAUCGGUACACAUAUGGAUAAUCUAUUUAAGAUGGUAGCAUUUUGUGAAAAUACUACAGACUGUCGUAGGUCAUUGCAGCUUAAUUACUUUGGAGAAAUAUUUGAUAGACAACAGUGUAUCUCAAAUAAGACAACUGCAUGUGAUAAUUGCAGAUGCAAGGAAGAGAUUACAAUGCUGGAUGUAACUGAAGAUGCAAAAGAGAUUAUGAAAGCUGUGCGAGAUAUCAACAACAAAAAGAAUUGUAAACUUACAUUAAUAUUCUUGGCAAAUAUUUUUAAGGGCAGCGAUCUUAAAAAGAUUAGAGAUUCAGGUCUUACAAAUCAUCCUCUAUAUGGUCGUGGCAAAUCGUGGAACAAAAAUAACAUAGAACGUCUUUUACAUUAUAUGGUAUUGCAAGAGUAUUUGCAAGAAAAUAUGUAUAUUAAUAAUGAGAUUGCUUGUGCAUAUUUAAAAAUCGGGCCAAAAGCAAGUGAACUUAUGACGAAAAAAGAUACAAAGGUACAAAUUCCAGUAAGACAAUCAAAUAAAUCUACGAGUGGCACGGCCACAGUUUCGAUAGUUACAAAGAAAAUUGAUGGCAUUAUAAAAGAAUUGCAAGAUCGUUGCUAUGCCGAAUUGAUGACAAUAAUACGAGGAAUUGCUAGUACAUUGGAUGUUUCUGCUUCCUCUAUCAUGAAUAUGGUAGCUGUUAGAGCCAUGAGCCAGCGUUUACCGGAGACUGAAGAAGCCAUGUUGCAAAUACCACACGUCACCAAGGCUAACUUUGUCAAAUAUGGCAAAGCUCUCUUAGAGAUUACUCAAAAAUAUGCAGCAGAAAAAAUCGUAUUGGAAAAUGAAAAUGAAGAGGAAGAUAAUGAUAAUGAUAACGAUAGUACCUGGGAUGAUGAUAACGGUUCCAACUAUUCUCAUAAUAGUAAUACUAGCAAUCGCGGUAAGAAACGGAAAAUCGGCCGUAGAUCUAACAGUAUCAAUAAAAAAUAUAGACGAGGUGGCUCAAGUAACGCGGGAAGGGGGAGAGGUUCGUCAAGAGGUACAUCAAAAAAUUCAGCAACAAGAUCUAAUGCAACUACAAAGAAAAUGAUAGGACUUGCAAGUUUUAGUCAAACGAAACAAUAUCUCGCAAAUCCUAAUAGAUACAUGAACAUUAGUUAAUUACAUUUCCUUUCUCCAUCUUUAAUAUAUUAUUUUUGAAAAAUUUGUGGUGCGUUUGUAAUUUUUGUACAAGUCUUGAGAUAUAGAAUGGCUGAAAUUAUUUGUAGAGUUUUAGUCAUUUUAUAGAAUAAACAAUUUGAU